AUUCUCAUCCAAAUUUCUUGCCCUAAUAAUAGCCCCCGUGCCCAAACAAACCCCUCCCUCUUUCCCCCAGCCGCAACCAUGCCUUCCCUAUCCAAACACCUCCUUUCCCUUCAUCUCCCCUUCAAUUCCUCAAUUCUCGUCAUCAACUCCUCAACACGACACCGCUUUCGCUAAUUUAUUGUUAAUUAUACGGCGGUGAUGGAUGCGUCGGUGGAGGUGAAUUAUCCGGUGGAUGUUGUUGUUGCGGCGGCGAAGAAGAAAAAGAAGAAUUUUGUUAUGGGAUCUGAUGAGGUGUUUGGUAGACAUAAUAGUAAUAGUAAUAGUAAUAAUAAUAGGGUUUCAACGGUUGCUGUUAAAGAAGUUGAGGUUGAGGAGUCGAUUUUAGUUAGCCCUAGAGUAGCUGAUGCUGCUUCGAUUCAGCAGUGCAGCUCUUUGUUUGCUCAAAAAGAUGAAACGAGCUCAAUCACCGCUUUUGAGUCAACUUCAUGGGAGAGGGUUUUACCUUUGGAACACUGUGAGCAAGUAAUUCAGAUGCCUAGCUUACCUAUUAGAGACAUUUCUGAACAACUCCAUUGUGUUGGCUCAAAUGGGCCUUCAUGGAUUCCUAGGCCUGAAGAAGUGCAAGUGCAAAGAAGAGGAGGGAAAAUGUCAAGAAGUAGCAGUGGUUGCUCUAAGAGACCACGAUUAUCUCCAUCGGAAGAUUCCACCGGCCCAGCUGUUGUUGACAACUCAAAGGAAUCAUCUGAUAAGCUAGGUUCAAAUCCAACCAAGAGUGACUCUCAUGAAAAAACUCAAUCGGCAAAACAAAAGAACAACUUUGGCAGCAAGCGAGGUGAGAGGAGACACUCUAGAGUUACUGUGAAGACUAAAUAUGAUUCCUUCUCUGUUAAGGCGGGUUUGUCAAGCUUUGGUUCAGCUGCUGGAGGGAACAGCUUUUUUGGACUAUGUGGUUUGAAGGCGGAUGUUCAUGACAUCACAAAGCCUGUAGAUGAUAUAUCAUUGAAUGAUCUUCUCAAUGGCACUUAUGACUGUCCCAGCUUAGGCAAAGACAAGGGGAAGAAAGCUGCAAAUACGACUGAAAAUUUUCUGCAUUCAGUUAGAAAAGCCUGCUCAGUUCUCCAGUUCCCCAGGCCUGCACAGUUCCAGAAUUUUGCCGAGAUGGAUGUCUGUUCCAGUGAGAAAAUGCCCACAUGCCCAUCUAACUCUGUUUCUAUAGUGGAAAAUGGAGAUUCUUCAGCAACUAAUAUAUCUUCUUCGUCUAACAAGAUACAGGAUUCUUGCAACAGGCCUGAAACUCCUGCUAAUUUGCUUGAUUUUUCGUUUGACCAACCUAAAGAUACUUUGGAACAUUUGGCACUUCCUCCACCCAAGGAUCUGGAGUCCUUGCUUCUGGAUGCAACCAAGCAUGCUGCAUCAUCGAGGCAUGUCCCUGAUCCACGUCCAGGAAAGACAACAUCUCGCCGAGCUAGCUUGCCAGCUUUUCCCUGGUCACACACUUUCAGUGGGCACUCCAGAACUAAUUCUGAUUCAGUUAAAUGUUUGCCAAGUAGGAGUACAUGCCAAGGUAGAUGGGUAAGAAUAAGAGACAGUUUCAAUUCUCCUGGGUCUGCCUCUGAUUGCUUUAUGAACUUGGAGUCUCUUGCUUAUGAUGAGACCUUAGUUCCUUCACAAGGACCAAAGUUGGCUGUUGUAGGAAAUAAUGUUGAUUCAUUGAAACCUUGUUGUGGGUGGAGCUUGUCAUCAUCACUGGCUUCUAUAACAUCCCAUGCUCUGUUAGAAUCUGAAGUUGACAUAAAGUCUGAAGGAAAAGAUGAACUUUGUCCGAUACUGUUGGAGGCUGCUAAAAUCUUGUAUGGCAUUGCCACUCAAAUGGCGAGGCAAAACCAAAAUGGAAUAUCAAGGUGCCCUGAGAAGCUCUCACAAAAGGCUAUGAAAGCUCGCAGGACAAAAUCAAACGAGAAACGUGAAGAUGUAUCUGCAGCAUCAACUUCGUCAAUGGGUGGUGUGGACCAGAUAACGCGCUCAAAGAGGCCUAAACUCUCAACAAUUGGGGACAAAAAGGAUCAUGGUCAUAUCAACGGUCUUGGGAAAGGGGCAAUAAAUUGGUCUACUCCAAAAUCUAGUAGAUCAUCUCCCAAUAAAUCAAUUGGAGACUCAAUUGCAGAAAGUAGACAUUCUGCUGCUUACAUCUUAAAGCAAGCGUGUAUGAUGCCCCCACCUGCAAAAGUUCUGCACAGGACUUACAAUGGUCAGCAAAAGGUUCGUAAAUAGAUGCAGAUGGAUUGAAACAGAGAAUGUUGGGCAGGGCUGAUAUUUAAGAUUCAGAAGCCCCUUCAUUGUAAUCAAUUCAUGUAAUUCAUCAACACCGCUGUUGGGCCAGCCAAACUGUGCUGGACAGACGUGUACAUAUUGUGGGAUUGUUGUAUGGGUUUUUAGACUGUAGGCGGACGGGAUUUGUUGUUAGGGUUCAUCUCGAGGGAUGAACAACAAUGUUGUACCAUUAAGGACAGUAGUUGUACUUUACAGCAGGUAAUUCUUUGCCUUGUGUAAAGCAUUUCAAUGAGGCAAUAGGAAUUUCAGCUCUUUUCCCUGUUUGACUA